CCCUCCCCCUUCUCUCCGUUUCUCUCUCUCUCGUGUAGGCCACGCUACCCACACACCGCCACCCGAGUGGGGGCUGACCACCGGGUGGCUGGCGUGGCGUGGCACGGCGACCUGGAACAGGGGAGCCGCGUUGCAGUUGGCCCGUGCGGCUGCACAGUAGUGUUCCUGGCGUGGUGGCGAGCAGGCGUUCUGCGCGCCACUGUGCCCUCCUCGUCCAAGAGUGAUAGAGCCAUCAAAGGGAGCUGCCAGCUUUCCGAAAGCACUCGACAUUCAUUAGAGAACUCCGGCACAGCUGUUUCUUUCUUCUCGGGGCUCAACUCUGCUGACGGUAAAAGUAAACGUGUGGCUAGACGGCACGAGCUGAGCGCACCAAACUGUUUAUUUCCCCGGCAGAGCAGAGCUCGGUUCGAGGCUCGGUGAGCCCACGGCCGGCCCAGAGCACACACGGCCAAGGCCGUGAGGUCUACCCGGCCGGUGGCCCGGGCGCACAAGUGUAUCACUAGCCCUACCCAAGAUAGAGAGGAGUGGCAAUGGCCGGCAACGGCCUUCAUAGUUCGCCUGCGCACGUUUUUCAUUCGGAUUGAAGCAGCGGAUAUUGGAGAGCGAGAAAUGGACAGCAUAGAUAGAGGGCUCAAGACCUGCAAAAGCCCCUUGAUGAGACAGGAAGGACUACGCUCUCUGCACGCCAAAUGUUUGCCAAAGCUCUCACCUCUAACCUCUAACGAUCUGCCGACAGCCAUGGUGCUGGCGUUUAUGCCGUUCCUGGCCGCCAACUGGCUCUACAUCCUGGCGGGCAUCUUGUGCUUCGUGACGGCGCGCCUCACCAUCGCGCCGAGCUACGUCUCCGCGCUGCGCACGGGCAAGCAGCGCCGCGUGUACCUCAACCCCGACCAGGCCGCCGAGCUCCCCGACGAGGACGCCGACUGCCCCGAGGACGGCGAUGACGGCCCCGCGCCCUCGCUGCCCGCCGACCUCGAGCACGUGCCGCUGGACUUCGAGCGCUUGUCCGAGGAGGAGAUGGCGGCGCGCGCCCGCGAUUUCUACAGCGUCAUGGACCGGCGGCGGACCGUGCGCGCCUUCAGCAGCGACCCCGUGCCCAUGGCCGUCAUCGAGGACCUCGUGCGCACGGCAGGGACGGCGCCCAGCGGCGCCCACACCGAGCCCUGGACAUACGUCGUGGUGUCCACGGACGACCUGAAGGAGCAGGUGCGCGAGAUCGUGGAGCAGGAGGAGCUCAUCAACUACACGCAGCGCAUGGGUGACCAGUGGACCACCGACCUCAAGCCGCUCCGCACCAACUGGGAGAAGGCCUACCUGACGGACGCGCCGCACCUCAUCAUGGUGUUCAAGCAGCAGUACUCGCUCAAGGAGGACGGCAGCCGCCGCAACCACUACUACAACGAGCUGUCCGUGGCCAUCGCCAGCGGUAUCCUCAUCACCGCCAUCCACUACGCAGGGCUGGUCACGCUCACGAGCACCCCGCUGAACUGCGGGCCUGCGCUGCGCGCGCUGCUGGGCCGCCCCGCCAACGAGAAGCUCACGCUGCUGCUGCCCGUCGGCUACCCCGCCCCGGACGCCACGGUGCCCGACCUCCGGAGGAAGCCUCUCGACGAGAUCCUGGUUCGUCUGUGAGGAUGAUGGGUCAAAGUCGAGAUUCUUUACAAUCUAUUUUAAGUGUUUUCUUUUAUACGACAGUACGAGGCACGGUACGCCUUGAUUUUUAAAAUAAAACAGAACGUAUAGGCA